AUGGCAAAUCUCACCACCGUCGCCAAUACCAACAAAACGUCAUCCUUCCUAUCCACAGCUUCUCUUGUCCAUCCGGCAUCGGUGAAUAAAACCUGGAUAAAUAAGAAUAUUUGCGGCAAUCUACUAACCACCGGUAAAAGUAGUAAUGAUGUUAAAACUACAACAAAAGAUACAUUGGUAACGUCUUUGUCGUCGUCCUCCUCAUCAUCGUCAAAUUCGACGACAACGACUGCCAUUUUAAGCUGCUCCACAACACAAUCAUGUACCACAACAACCACAACGACAUUAAAUUCCGAACAACAAAACCACAACCACCACCACCAAAAUAAUCUUAACCAAACAACACAAUCAACAUCCUUAUUGUUAACCCAACAACGUUCAAAUCUCUUAACAUCAACAUCCUCUUCAUCAGCCACAAAUAAUACGUCCACAACAACAACAACGUCGUCGUCAUCAUCAGCAUCUGGUUCCUCGAAUACCACCAGCACCACAAACACAACCAAUACACCAAAUAGUAGUAACACCACCAAUAACAUCACGACGACAACAACCACAAAUUCCUCGUCAUCAUCAUCCAUGAUAAAGACCUCUAGCAAAUUUGUCUAUAAUAAGCCUCAAAAUCAUUAUGAACUCCUACGACAACGUCUCCAUAUGCAACAAGAGUUUGCUCAACUUUUCACCAGUCUGGCUCAACAGCAUCAGCCCUUCGGCUCUGGCUCGGCAUCCAGCAAUCAAGCUGCAGCAGCAGCAGCGGCUUUUAAUAACCCCUCGUUGGGUGCAGCGGCUGCCUCAACGUCAGCAGCUGCAGCCGCUGCUGCUGCGGCAGCUGCCUCCUCAAAUGCUGCAAAGAAUUCGCUGUCAUCAUUUUUACCAUUUUCCAAUUGGUUUUUCUAA